CCUGAGUAUAUUGUAUCCCGCAUGCUUUGUGGGAUUAAGGGCUUUAUAGUAACAAAAACGGCUGGGGGAAUAGGAGGUCACAAGGAGCUGUCAUGUCUUGGUGUAAGGAAGUUGGUACCCGGAAGGUUUCCUCCAUUAACCUGGUGCCUGGAUUCUUCCAGUAUCUUCGGGAUGAGCAAGAAGCAGUUCAAAAGAGAACUUUCACCAAAUGGAUCAAUUCACAUUUGGCCAAGCGUAACCCUCCACUAAUCAUAAAUGAUCUUUUUGAAGAUAUAAAAGAUGGGAAGAAUCUGCUUGCGUUAUUAGAAGUUUUAUCCGGACAGAAACUGCCAUGUGAGCAGGGGAAGCAUUUGAAACGCAUUCACUGGGUGGCCAAUAUUGGUGCGGCUCUAAAGUUUUUGGAAGGAAGACGGAUUAAAUUGGUGAACAUAAACUCAACAGAUAUAGUCGAUGGAAGACCCUCCAUUGUGCUCGGUUUGAUUUGGACCAUAAUCUUAUAUUUUCAGAUCGAAGAAUUAACCAGCAAUCUCCCACAACUUCAUUCACUCUCCAGUAGUACUUCUUCUGUUGACAGUGUAGUGAGUUCUGAGACUGCCAGCCCCCCAACCAAACGGAAAGUUGUUACUAAAAUUCAAGGAAGUGCCAAAAAAGCCCUGCUGAGAUGGGUGCAGUACACAGCCGGCAAGCGUCUUGGGAUCGAAAUAAAAGAUUUUGGACCAAGCUGGAGAAACGGCAUUGCCUUCCACUCAAUGAUACACGCAAUAAGGCCAGAACUUGUGGACAUGGACAAGCUGAAAGGAAGGACCAACCAUGAAAAUCUGGAAGAAGCCUUUUCAAUUGCAGAAACUGAGCUAGGAAUUCCAAGGCUGCUGGAUCCUGAAGAUGUUGACGUUGACAAGCCUGAUGAAAAGUCCAUCAUGACCUACAUAGCUCAGUUCCUAAAACACUAUCCUGAUCCUCACAACUCAUCAGCAGAUGGCCAAGGAGAUGAGAGAGAAGACAGACUGGUGCUUCGGGAUCUAAAAGUUUGGAUUGAACAGUUUGAAAGGGACGUCACAAGGGCACAAGUAGUAGAAAGCAGUUUACAGGACAGAUACCAGUCAUACAAAACGUAUAGAGUACAGUAUGAAAUGAAAAGGAAACAAAUUGAAAGUUCCAUUCAGCCAUUGGGCAAAGAUGGAAAACUAUCACUUGACCAGACGAUGGUGAAGCAAGCAUGGGACAAGGUUUCUGCUAGGAUUUUUGACUGGCAUGUACAGCUUGACAAAUCUCUACCAGCUCCAUUAGGAACCAUUGGCUCCUGGUUAUAUCGAGCCGAAGUUGCACUCAGGGAAGAUAUUAUUAUGCAACAAUCUCAUGAAGAAACAGCAAAUAUGAUACAUAGAAAACUAGAGCAACACAAGGACGUCCUUAAGAAUCUGGAUGGUUAUAAAAAGGCUUUUCAGGAGAUCCACCGCUCAGGAUCUGUCAACGGAGUUCCGGUCCCUGUAGAGCAGCUCGAAGACAUGGCAGAAAGAUUCAGCUUCGUAGCCUCCUCCUCUCAGCUCCAUAUGAUGAAGUUAGAAUUCAUGGAAUUGAAGUAUCGACUAUUAGCACUUCUAGUGCUUGCAGAAUCUAAGCUGAAGUCCUGGAUCAUAAAAUAUGGCAGAAGAGAAUCUGUGGAGUUGCUGCUACAAAACUAUAUUACAUUUAUUGAUGGCAAUAGAUUCUUUGACCAGUAUGAAUUUACCAGUCAGUCAUUAAAGCAAGCUGCUGAGAUGUAUGUAAAAGCUGAUGGAUCAGCUGAAGAGGCUGAGGUUGUGACUAAAUUUUUGAACGAGACUACUAUCCAGUGGAGGAAUCUGUCAGUGGAGGUGAGAAGCGUCAGGAGCAUGCUUGAAGAAGUCAUUAACAACUGGGAGAAAUACAGCAAUACAGUCGGCAGUUUACAAGCCUGGCUGGAAGACGCGGAAAAGAUGCUGGAUCAGCCCGAACAUGCCAAAAAGGAGUUCUUUCGUCACUUGCCGCACAUGAUCCAGCAGCACACUACAAUGAACGACUCUGGGAAUUUCCUGAUUGAGACUUGUGAUGACACUGUGUCUAAAGACAUCAAACAGCAGCUCCUGCUACUGAAUGGUCGAUGGAGAGAGCUUUUUGUGGAAGUGAAACAUUAUGCUCGAGCAGAUGAAUUUGAGCGUGCAAGGAAGGAAUAUGCAGAUGGCUUGAUAGCACUUGCAGCAUUCGCAGAAGGAGGCAACGAGAGGAUCUCCAUCCCUUUGGAAGUGUCCUUUCUGAAUGUUAAGAUGUUCGUCCAAGAUUUAGAGGAUAUCAAACAGAAAAUGCCUGUCAUUGAAGCUCAGUAUAAGUCUGUGACAAGAAUGGCGCAGCUUCUCACUAAGGAGUCUCCUCAGUCUGAAUCCUCUGAGAUGUUGGCAGCGGUGUCCAGGAUAAAGGACCAGCUCAACAAAAUAAGAGAGAGGUACCCCCCACUGCUUUAUGAAUCUCAACAGCUUCUUGCACCACUUGGAGACUUUGAGAAUCAGAUGACCAACUUUUAUGAGUGUCUUGAGAAACUGAGUGAAAUUAUCUCACUGUCGGACUUGGAUUUACAGUCCACUUCUGUCUUGAAACAAAAACAGCGGGAACUAUUGAUGUACCAAGAGAGCUGUAAAAAGGCCUUGGUCGUAAUUGAGAAGAAUGGUCAAGCGGUCCACAAAGCGUUGACAAUCAGUAAAUCUUUACACCAUUUUGACCGAUCUUGCCUCCAGAAGAAAAUAACAGAUGCUCAGUCUGCGUUUCAGAAUAUGGCAAAGAAAAUACCAGAAUGGCAGAAGAAGGUGGAGUUCAAUAACAGCAUGAUGAAGAAGUUUGAAGAGUCAAGAAGAGAACUUGAGAAGGUUCUAAAAACAGCAGAAUCAUACUUUAAGGAAAAAGGAAACCCUGAAGAACUUCUGAAGAAGCACACUGAUUUCUUCGGACAACUAGAUCUGAAGGUGCUCAACACUUUCCUAAAAGCUUGUGAUGAGCUGACAGAUAUCCUACCAGAGCAGGACCAGCAGCCAUUACAAGAAACUGUCCGGAAAUUACAUAAACAGUGGAAGGAUUUUCAGGGUGAAGCUCCUUACCACUUACUGCGACUGAAAAUUCAGCUGGAGAAGAAUCGGAUUAAUGGCACAAUUGAAGAAUGUCGUGCAGAGCUGACCAGGGAGAACAAAGUUCUACCAGUAGAUGGAAGUGAAAAAGUUAUUAAAGAACAUCGGGCAUUUUUUGGGGAAAAAGGCUGCUACCAACUGUGUGAGAAGAGAUUACGCCUUAUUGAGGAGCUGUGUUUGAAACUACAAGAAAGGGACCCUGUAAAAGGAGUGUACGAAAGCAGCAGAGAGCUGCUGAAAGACCUAAAAGCUCAGAUUGACGGCACACACCUAAAACUAAUGGAAAAUCCCGAUAAGUGGAAAGAUUUCGGGAUCAGGUUAACUAGAAUAACAGAUUGGCUUGUGGCAAAGGAUAGGCAGUUGAAGCAGAUUAAAAAUGAAGUAACAGAAGCUUCUAAAUAUGAACAAGUGAAAACUUCAGUGCAGAAUAUCAGACGUGAUGCAAGGAAACAAGAAGAUGAACUUGGAUACCUGAAAGACAGGCUGAGUGCACUCACUGUGGUUGCUGUUGAGACAGAAAUUAAGAAGCAAGGCAGUAAUCUAUCCAGAGCGUCUGCUGAUCUGAAAGUCCUACUGGACUCUCUCAGUGAGGCUGAUAAAAUCCUGAGCAAUGUUGGAGAUUGUGUACAGUACAAGACAGAAGUCAAAAAUGUGCUGAGUGAGAUACUGACCAGUUCCAAAGAUGUGCUGUCAGAGGCUGAGAAGAUCCUGGACACAGAAAGCUUUGAGGAGGCCCAGGAGAUGCUUUUUCAUUAUGAGGAAAAGAUAAAGAAAAUUCAAUCUAAGAAGCAGGAUGUACAGGUCCAAAUUGCUCAGGCGAAACAGUUACAGACUACGCAAGGAUUGUCCAAAGACAUUGAAGAGGACUUUACAAAGAUGGAAACUGAAUUGGACAAAGUGGAAACGACAAUGAUUAAACAGAAAGAAAGCCUAAAAGAUACAAUACACAACUGGGAACAAAUAGAAACUAGCAAAAAAUCUAUUGUGCAGGACCUGAAGCACAUGGAGUCUACGUUAGAACGACCUUUAAACUUUGAGACAUUGGAAAGUUUGUCAUCCGAACUUCAGCAGGCAAAGGAGGUGGGUAAGAGAAUGGAAGAUCUCUCAGUGCAAGCAGAAAACCUUGUUGAGAAAUCAUCUGAUAUUCAACUAGGAAAUAACAGCAAGCGCCACCUGCAGGAGAAGACAAGAUCAGUUCAAGACAAUGUGAAGCAUGUUAAAGAGACCCUGACUGAAAACAUCAGGAAAACAGAGAUGGCUAAAGAUACUUGGCAGAGGUUUGACCGUGAUUUUGCAGCACAUUCCACUUGGAUUUCGGAAAGAGAAAAGGAACUAAGUGAUUUAGAACGGUCUGAUAUUUCCGCAGAACUCCAAGUCACACGCAUCCAGGAAAUAUUGAAAGAAAUGCAGAAUAAAUCUAAUGCAGUAAAGGAGCUGGAGGCACAGAGCCAGGCAUUUACUGAAUUUAUAAGUUCUGCAGAGAUGGCUCGGAUAAAAGCCAAGCUAUCACAGAUGGCCAAGCAUUCGGAUGGGCUCAAAGAAAACGCACAUCAACUAGAAGGCAAUAUUCUUGGCAUUGCCAAACAGCAGCAGAAGUUUGAUGACACAAUUAGACAGAUUCAGACGUCUUUAGAGAAUAUUGAGGCAUCUUUGGCCCUUCCAGUUCACAACUGUUCCUCUGCGGCAGAGACAUACAAAGUCCUACACUCCCAUCAGGAUCUCUGUCAUGAUGUUGAAAUGUUGAAAAACAAUAUCCAUUCUCUAAGUGCGGGCACUCGCAAACUGACAAACAAGAGUACGGUAAUGCAGGCCAUUUCCAACCUCCAAACCCGAUUUGAAGUUGUGAAUACAAAGGCUAAAGAAAGGCUCUCCUUGUUGGAGCAAUUGUUAGUGCAUUGGCAAAGGCAAGAAAAGGAAAUUUCUUCUUUUGUGACCUGGCUUGAAACAAGUGAAGCUUUGGCUGGUCCACAGCAAGGACAUUUCUCUGCCGACAAAGCAAAAUUGGAAUCUGAAAUGCACUCACUUCAAGAUCUCAAAGAGGAGUUGACAACACAAUCUCAGAGAUAUACGGUUCUGGUGCAGUUGUGUGCAUCUUUAUAUCCGACUUCUUCUGAAAGCAGUGUAGAGCAACUGAGGGAACAUCUUGAGAAACUGUCCCAGAGAUGGAAUAUACUACCAGAAGCUGUUUUAAAAAGGAUUGGUGUCAUGGAGACCAUUAUAGGUGAACAUCAGAAAUUUGAUGACCUGUUGCUAGAAUUUUCCCUCUGGAUUCAGCAGUUUCUUAAAGACCUUCAAGAUGCUGCUGAAAUAAACACUUCUGAUUAUGAAUCAACGCUUCUAUUAAAUAAGGACCAUAUUGCAAAAGUGAAAACCCAGCAGAAAGAAAUUGAUCAUUUGAAGGAUCAGCUCAGUAAGUUAUGCGCUUUCACCAUUCCGGGUGAUCAUUCUGUGUUGGAAGGAAGAGUCACAGACUGUGUACAGCUAUUUGAAGAAACUGUUCAAAUAACUGGGCGACGACAGGAAUCCCUUUCCAAAGUAGGCUCCUUUUUACAAAUGUACCAACAAUCUCUGAAUGUCCUAUGUAACUUAAAAGAAACAGUAGAAGGAGCAAGCAGCCUAGAUAAAGACAAAUCCGAGUCUCUGGAGAAAGACAUACAUAGACUUGCUCAGGAAAUUGAUGAAUUAACAGCUCUGGCAGUAGGCCUAGACACAGCUCUUACCAAAGCACAAUACCAUCUAAAGAGCUCCAUUUCUGAGGAGAGGACUUCCUGCAGAGCUCUGGCCGAUAACCUAAUUAUGGAACUGGAGAAAGUUCAGAAAUUUCUGGGAACAAAACUUUGUGAAGCAGAAGCCCUUGGAGCACUUUGGAAAUCAUUUCUUGAUUGUAAAGAGAAAUUGCUGAAGACAAUCGAAGAUAUUGAAGAAAAGGCAGAUGGUGAAGAGAUGAAGGAGUCAACAUUACCGGCUCUUCAGCAAAGAUUAAAAAUGUUCAAUGAACUGGAGGAAGAAAUCAACUCUUACCAACAUGAAAAGCAGUGGCUUAUGGACAAAGCAAAGCAGAUCGCCCAGAAGGAUUUAUCCAUGGCUGCAGAGGCAGAUAAAGAGCUGAAUGGUCUGAUCAUGACUUGGGAAGACACACACAAGCUUAUUAGUGAAAGUCAAGAACAGUGCUUGCUUCUUAUCAAUCUGAUGAAAGAGUAUGAGCAUCUAAGGUCUUCUAUUACCAGACUUAUAGAGAAUGCGGAAAACAUGAUAACAAUUAAGUCCACUUUAAAAGACCAGGAAGACAUCCGACGUAGUAUAGCAAAGCACGAAUCAGCCAAGAACGAACUGAAUGAAAACCAGAGAGAACUGGAUGACUUCACCAAUAAAGGGAAACACUUGCUGGUUGAGCUGAAACGAAUUAAUGGUUGCGAUUCAAGGCCAGUGAAGAAAGAUAUGGACUACUACGUGGAUCAAUGGCUUGACGUGCUGGAGAGGAUAGAUGAAAACCUGGAAAGACUAAGUGUGAGCCUGUCCUUAUGGGAAGAUGUUUUGAGCAUCAAUGAUGAAAUUGAUGGAUGGUCCAGUAGUUCCAUUUCACAGAUGAGUGAGAACAUUACCAACCUAAACAGCAGUCAACAUAUGAAGGCCUGUCUGGAAGAAUUUCAGACUGAAGUUACACAUAAAGGGCAGAAGUUGGAAGCGUUUCACUCCAAGAUUAAUGACCUGAAAGAGCUGACAAGGAGCCGGGAUCCCCCAGCGGAGUUACAGUUCAUGGCAGCAGAUUUAAAGCAGAAAUUGGAACAUGCUAAAGAGGUUUCUCAAGUGGCCAAGGGAACAUUAGAUGACUUUAAUACUCAAAAGAUGCAGUUGGAAACGUUCAUUGAUCAGAUGACAGACUGGUUAAAUAAAGUAGAAGAAUCAGUUUUGAAAUAUCAAAAUAGUCGAGAACCCGAAGACAUGAAAAAAUUGAAGGACAUUCAGAAAGAACUCCAAACUCAACAAUCAAGUAUUGAUACCACCCAAGAAAACCUCAACACACUCUGCCGACAAUUUAGGUCUACAGAGCUUGAGGUCAUUGGGGCAGCAGUGACCACUCUAGUGAAGAAGUAUGAAGCCACAAACCAGCUCUGCUUUAAGAUGCAAGCUGCUCUUCAGGAGACGUUGGAAAAACAAUUUACUGAAUCUAUGGGUGCAUUUGAUGAGUGGUUUGAAGAAAUGAAAAGAGACGUUAAAGGCUUUUCAGACUAUUCGGGUGACAGCAAAACUUUGGAAGGAAAAAUACAACAGUUUCAGGAAAUACUAGACUCUGUUGGUGAAGGUCAGCGCAAGUUAGAUGCUGCCAAUGAAGAAGGAGAGAAGCUUUACUUUUGUUUGCCAAAGCCAAUUGUGCUUAGUAUUCAGGAGAGGGUAUCAAACACAGAGAAAGAAUUCCAGAGCUUUAGGAAACAAUGCCUAAAGGACAAGCAGACUCUAGAAGACUGUAUCUCCAACCUUGGAAGUUUUGAGGACGAACAUAAAAAGUUAAGUAUGUGGAUUCAUGAGCUUGAGGAGCGAAUAAGGACAGAAGCUCUUGGGGAGAGCAAGCAACAUAUCCCUGAGAAAAAAAGUGAGAUGCAUAAAGUGGAGAUGUUCCUGGAGGAGUUAAUGGCCGCUCGAGACUCUCUUGAGAAACUUUGCCAGCGAGCUCAAACAUUGCAUAAAGAUGGACGUGGAGAUGGACAGGAGGUUCGCCUGUCAUCUCAACUGAAUACUAAUUACCAGAACCUUGUAAAAAUUCUUAAGGAGAAACUCCGUAUUUGCCAGGUGGCUCUCCAAGAACAUCAGAUUUUUGAAGAAGCUUUGCAGACUACCUGGUCAUGGUUGAAAGAUAUGCAGGACAAAUUGUCUACUGUGGAAAGUACAGUGGGCAGUAAGAGUACACUUGAAAAUCGCCUACAGCAAGUUCAGGACAUGCUCCUAAUGAAAGGCGAAGGGGAGGUCAAACUGAACUUGGCAAUUGGCAAAGGUGAGCAGGCUCUUAAGAGCAGCAACAUGGAUGGGCAGAUGGUAAUCAAGAUGCAACUGCAGACUUUAAAAGAUGUCUGGGAAACUGUCAACAGUACAGCAGCAAGAUGCCUCAGUGGUUUAGAUUGUGUGAUCAGUCAGUGGAAUGCAUAUAUAGAGAGGAAAAACCAAAUGGAGCAGUGGCUGGAGUCUGUCGAUCACAAGCUGGAGCAACCCAUCCAGCAUCAGAAUGGUCUAAAAGAAAAAUUUGCACUGCUGGAUCACAUUCAAGCAAUCGUGUCCGACAUAGAAAAUCAUGCCACAACUCUUCACCAUCUUAUUGAGAAGACAAGGGACUUACAUCAGAAGACUGAGGACACAACCUUCUCAGAGGUGGCCCAGAAUGAGCUGAAAACCCACUUCAAUGACAUUAUGACUGUUGCCAAAGAGAAGAUGAGGAAUGUAGAAGACAUUGUGAAAGAUCACCUAAUGUACCUGGAUGCAGUUCAUGAGUUCUCAGACUGGCUCCAUUCAGCCAAAGAGGAGCUUCACCGGUGGUCUGAUGCCUCAGGAGAUGCUGCAGCCAUCCAAAAGAAAAUUGCAAAGAUUAAGGAGUUGAUGGAUUCCAGACAGACUGGAGCUGAACGCCUGAGCAGGGUUGAAACUCUGGUCCCUGCAGUGAAGAAGAACACCACAGCUAGCGGAUGUGAGCAGAUGGAGGCAGAGAUUCAAGGCCUGCAAGCUGACUGGAAGCAGUGGCAGGAGAGCGUCUGUCAAAGUCAGAACGCUUUACAAGCACUUUCAAGUCAGAUGGCAAUCUCAGAACAAGAAUUCACAUCUGGGGUCUCCAAGCUGGAAGAUGGAGUUCAGGACUUCAGUGUAUUUCUGAGCAAGUGGACUCAGAAGCUGAUGCAAGGGGAAGGCAAGAAUACAGACAAAGAGGUUGUGGAAGCUUGGCACAGGCAGAAGGAGGCCCUCAGUAUCCUCACUGAAGCUGAACAUGUCACAGAUGGCUUAAAAACCCAGCUCAAUGAUCUCUGCAAAUUUUCUAAGGAUUUGGGUGUAUAUUCUUCAAAAGUCUCUGCUUUAAUUAAGGACUACAACAGCCUUUGCUUGCAAACUUCAAAAAGUUGUCAAAGUAAAGAAGAGAUUUUGCAGCAGAGGUUCCGUACAGCUAUCCGAGAUUAUCAGCAGUGGCUUGUAAAUGCAAAAGUGACAACCGCCAAAUGCUUUGAUACCCCCCAAAGUAUUGAUGAAACAUCAGCAAGUCUUCAAAGAAUUCAAGAAUGCCUUUCUGAAAGUGACAAUGGUCAACAGAAGCUACACAUGGUAACAUCUAGGGGAGAACUUUUGUGCAGCAUAAUGCCUGAAGAAAAAGUGAAAACUAUCCAAAAGAAAGUCCUUGCUGCAAAAGAAGAUUGGAAAAAUUUUAUUUCAUCACUGCACCUCAAGGAAUCCGCCCUAGAGAAUUUAAAAGUCCAAAUGAGAGAUUUUGAAACAAGUGUCAAACCAGUUCAGGAAUGGCUGACAAAUACCGAAAGGGUAGUGCAAGACAGCAAUAAUCGUCUCCAUGACCUGCCGUCUAAGAGGAAGGAACAGCAGAAGCUCCAGUCUAUCCUAGAAGAAAUAAGCUACCAUGAGCCACAGAUCACCAGACUAAAAGAGAAGGCUCAACAGCUAAGGGAAGGCCAGUCUGCCAACAAAAGCUAUAUGCACAGGGUUUCCCAGCUGGCUUCUCAGUACCUAGCACUAUGCAAUCUAACAAAGGAAAAAAUGUCAAGGAUGGAUCGCAUUGUUGUAGAGCACCAGCAGUUUUUACAGGGUCUGACAGACCUCCAAGACUGGAUAAAUGAUGCCAUUCACCUACUGCAGACGUACUGCCAUCCUACUGCAGAUAAAAGUGUCCUGGACAGCAGAAUGUCAAAGCUGGAGACCUUGUUGCUGGUGAAACAGGAUAAAGAAAUUCAGAUGAAGAUGAUACUAACACGAGGAGAAUCUGUUCUGAGAAACACAACUCCAGAUGGUGCCCCUGCCAUUCAGCAGCAGCUAAAAGACCUGAAGGAUUCCUGGGCCUGCCUACUGUCAUCUUGUAUUAAGUGUAAAAGCCAACUGGAGGGAGCCCUGUCCAAGUGGACGAGUUACCAGGAUGAUGUUCGUCAGUUCUCCCUCUGGAUGGACAAAGUGGAAGAGAGGAUAAGUGAACCCGAGAGGCAGUUCAGUGAACUAAGAGACAAAAUUACAGCGCAGAGUAAAGCUAAGUUAUUGAAUGAAGAACUUUUAAGCCACAGCAGUUUACUAGAGACCAUAGAAAAGAAAGGAUCCAGCAUGACUGAGCAUUAUGUCACCCAACUGGAGCUCCAAGACCUGCAUGAACGUUACAGUACUCUGAAAGAAAAGGUUAAGGAAGCUAUCACCAAAGCAGAGAAAAUAGUGUCAGACCACCAAAAUUAUCAAAAGGCGCUUAGGGCAUUUGAAGACUGGAUACAGCAAGAAAAUGAAAAACUGAACUGUCUAGUGUUGUUUGAUGGAGAUGCUGAGAUGUAUGAUUCUACUCUUCGAGAACUACAGGAGCUUCAGGUGCGUUGUGCAGAAGGACAGGCAUUAUUGAACAGUACCUUACACAUAAGAGAAGAUGUGAUACCAUGGGGUAUUCCACACACAGAAGACAGAGAAUUGGAAUCCUUAAGACAUGACUGGCAAGUUUAUCAGCAAAGGCUGACAGAAGGCCGAAGCCAGACGAAUGCUUCAUUCAGCAAGCUGAAGCUGAUGGAGAAGAAGUUCCAGAAGAUAGAUGAAUGGUUGACCUCAGUGGAAGGAAAAGUGAAUAUCAGAACCGGGCGUCAGUCAGACAGAGCAACAAAGGAGAUACAGCGUCAACAAAUGAAGAAAUGGCACGAGGAGGUGAUGGUCUACAGGGAUGAAGUUGAAGAGGUUGGCACCUUGGCCCAACAAGUAUUAGAGGAAGGCCGCAGCAGCAGAAUUGGGAGUAUGGCCACCCUGUUAACAUCUCGCUAUCAGGCUGUCAGGCUUCAUACUUUGGAGCAAAUUCAAUUCCUCGAAGAAGAAAUUAGGAACAUAGAGGAAGCUGAUGUUGCCAUGAAAUAUUACACAGACUGGUUUACUGAUGCUUUACAGAACUUCAAAAAUAUAACAGCGGAUUUAGGAGUUGUGGAUAAGACAGCACUGGAGAAAAAAAUGAAAAACCUUGAGUCUUUAUUAGGUGAUAUGGAUUUAGGUAACAGACUGCUGAAAGCACUCCGUGAAAAGGGUGAUCGUGUUCUUAAGUACUUGGCGGGAGAUGAAGCUGACCAGCUGGAGAAGGAUAUACACAACCACAUGGAGAAGUUGGAGGAGCUGACAAGUUCAGUUAGAAAGGAGCAUACAGCUUUGGAAAAGGGUCUCCAUCAUGGAAAGGAAUUCUCUGACAAGUACAGCGGACAAAUUCAGUGGCUGACAGAGUAUCAGAAUGUCCUGCAAGCUGAUGUGGAAUCCAAAACUGAGCUCUAUGAGAAGAAGGCACAACUAGCCAAGUAUAAGUCCAUACAGCAGACUGUCCUUUCUCGUGAGCCGUCCAUCAAAGUUGUUAUUGAAAAGGGCGAAGCCUUGCUUAGAAUGACUCACAAUGCCUUUGUGGAUGAAAAAAUUCACAAAUUGCAGAAGGAUUAUCAAGGGCUAUGCAGUCUGGCCAAGAUGAUUGUGGCUGAAUUGGAAGACAAAGUGAAGGAGCACGAAUGCUAUAAUAGUGAGCUGCAGGAUGUAGAGAAGUGGCUCCUUCAGAUGUCAAGCAGGCUGGUAACCCCUGACCUAAUGGAAAGCAGCAAUUUAGAGGCAAUUACUCAACAGCUGGCUAAUCACAAGGCAAUGAUGGAGGAUAUUGCUGGCUUUGAAGAGCGUUUGAGUAGUCUCAAACUGAAGGGAGAAAAUCUGGUUCUUCACUGUGCAGAACAUCUGCAAGCAAAGUUCAAACAAACCAUACAAGCACAUCUACAAGGAACAAGGGACAGUUACUCAGCUAUCUGCAGUACUGUCCAGAGGGUGUACUUAAGUUUGGAAAAUGAACUACAAAAGCAUGUUAGUCACCAAGACACGCUACUACAAUGCCAAGCCUGGUAUUCUAGUGUGAAGAAAGAGUUAGAAGAAAAAGCCAAAGCCCCACUCAGUCUGGCCGAGGCCACAAAACAGGUUAAACAUUACAGGACUCUGCAGGAGCAGGCCAACACGUAUUUGGACCUUCUGUGCACGGCUUGUGAUUUAUCUGACGGUGCUGUGAAGAAUGUGGCAAUCAGCAUUCAGCAAAUGAAGCAGACAAUUGAACAAAGAAUGAUGAAGUCUCAGGAUCUGGCUAACGGCUGGGAAGAAGUGAGAGAAAUGAAGUUGGAGCUUCAGAUAUAUUUUCAGGAGGCCGGCCAACAGCUUCAAGACUUGAAGAGAAGACGAGCAGAACUAGAGAUCAAACUAGCACAGAACAUGGUCUCUCAGCUGAAGGAAUUUAGUCAGAAGCUCCAGUCACAGCAGGAUCAGAUUACCAGGUUUACAGAGAAAGUGAACAAACUGACAAGUGGACAAGAGUCCCCAGAACAUGCUGACAUUGGUCAGUUAAGUAACCGCUGGCUUGAGUUAUGCUUUCAAAUCAACAGUCUACUCCAGCAGAGGGAAGAAGAUCUGCAGAGGACGCGGGAUUACCACGAUCGGCUCAACAUAGUCGAUAUCUUUCUUGACAAACUUACCACUGAGUGGGACAACUUGGCCAGAUCUGAUACUGAGAGCACAGCUGCACACCUUGAAGCUUUGAAAACCUUAGGAUCAAUUCUCCAAGAGAGAAGAUUUGCUCUUGAGGACCUCAAGGAACAAAAGCAGAAGAUAGUUGACCAUUUAAAUGUAGAUGACAAAGAGUUAGUUAAGGAGCAAACCAGUCACUUUGAGCAACGUUGGACUCAAAUAGAAGAGCUAGUGAAAUCAAAAAUUGGGACCUGUGCCACAACAUUGGAAGAAUUAAGUUUUCUUAAUUCCCGGUUACAGGAAUUAACUGAAUGGGCUGAAGAUCAGCAGCCAAGCAUGUCAGAAGCUUUAAAACAAAGCCCACCACCUGAACUGGCUCAGAACUUGCUUAUGGACCACUUGACUAUAUGCAGUGAAGUGGAAACUAAGCAAGUGCUACUGAAAAACCUCAUUAAAGAUACAGAUAAAAUUAUGGGUAAUCUAGGUCUGAAUGAAAGGCAGAAGCUUCAGAAAGUACUAGAAGAUUCACAGAAACAUGUUGACUGUCUCAGUGAUUUAGUCAACCAAAGGAAGAAACACUUAAAUAAAGCUUUGUCUGAAAGAGCACAGUUUUUAAUGGCAGCGUAUCAGGCCUUAAAUCAAAUACAACACCAUGAAAAGAAAAUCAUGUUUCAGGAGCACAUUUGCUUGCUCCCAGAUGAUGUGAGUAAGCAAAUUAGAACAUGUAAAAAUGUCCAAGCUAGUUUAAAGACUUACCAGAGUGACAUUAACAGCCUCUGGAACCAGGGCAGAGAGUUAAUGAAGGAAGCUACAGAACAAGAAAGAAGUGAAGUUUUAGGUAAAUUACAAGAACUCCAAAAUGUUUUUGAUAUCACUUUGCAAAAAUGUGGACAAAGGCUCAUAGAACUUGAAAAAAGCUUUGUUUCAAGAAUAUUUUUUAAAGAGGAUUUGGACAAAGCUUGUCAUUGGAUAAAACAAGCAGAUGUGUUAACAUUUCCAGAAAUUAAUCUGAUGAACGAUGAUUCAGAAUUAUAUUCCCAGCUUUCCAAAUACCAGAAAAUUCUUGAGCAGGCCCCUGAAUAUGAAAAUCUUUUGCUCUCAAUGCAAAGAAAUGGCCAGGAGAUAUUGCCUUCAUUGAAUGAGGUUGAAAGAUCGUACCUUGAUGAGAAACUCAAUUCUUUGCCACAGCAAUUUAACUGUGUUGUUACUUUAGCCAAAGAAAAGCUCAGUAAAGUUCAGGAAGCGAUCUUUCUCCGCAAAGAGUAUGUUUCAUUGAUUGAUUUGACAAGCAAGGCUCUAAAAGAACUUGAAGACCAAUUGUUACUCAUGUACAAAUUUCCCUCCAGCCUUUCAGCUGAGGAAGCAUUGAAGCUUCAACAGGACUAUGCUUCUCUUCUAAAUGAGGUUGUGGCACUUGGCACAGCAGUUAAUGAACUAAAUCAGAAAAAGGAGAUAUUCCGUAGCACAGGACAACCAUGGCUUCCUGAAGAAAUGUUGCAACUUGUGUGCCAGUAUCAUAAGUUAAAAAGAACUAUGGAACAGAAAGUUAGUCAACUGGCAGACAUUAAAGAUGCCUAUCGGAAAAAUGAAGAUCUUUGUUCAAAGUUGAAGAUAAAAUUUGAGGUCCUGAAUAAGGAGUUGGAAGAAGUAAACAAGGAAACACUUCCUGCAGAGGACAAGCUGAAAAGCUAUCGUACUUUGUCAGCCAGCCUUCACAAUGCAGGCACCCUUCUCAGACAAGUUACAGAACAUUUAGAAGAACUUUCUCCGACGCUUGAUCCUUCAGCUUAUGAAGCGGCAGAGCUUGAGGUUCAACAGUGGCAUGAAAAGUUAAAGUCAUGGCAUGCAGUGAUGAAGGAUCGGAUGGGAGAAUGUGAAAACAGACUGAUUCAGAGCAUAGAUUUUCAUAUUGAAAUAUGCCGCACUUUGGAGUGGCUUAGACAAAAGAAGGUAGAACUUAACGAACCACUAGCUUUGGAUGGAAAGCUUGAAAGUGUUCAGGAGGAAAUGAGAAAGCUCCAAAUUCAACAGGAGGAAAUUGCAUCCAGUCUAAGGAUUAUGAAUGCUCUGAGCAACAGGGAAAAGCAAAAGUACCUCAAGGCAAAAGAGUUUGUCCCAGCUGAUCUGGAUAAGAGCAUAUCGGAACUAUCUGAGCUUGACAGAGAUAUCAGUGAAGUGAUCAGUGGAAGGCAGUCUGCUCUUGAUAAAAUGUACAUCACAUGUCAAAGAUACCAUCAAGCAUUACAGUUUGCUUCCAGCUGGCUAGAAGAAGCAUAUCAAAUGCUCCAACAGACUUCAAAUGGUGUGGAUAUUGAGACAGCUGAAGACACUCUUAGGGACUAUACAGAUUUUUUUACCACUGAAAUUAAAAUAAACGCACUCAUUGACGAACUCCGAGUUUUAAUUUCUGAGCUUGAAGGUUGUGUCGACAAGUCUGGACUGGAUCAACUCAAGCAAGCUCUAGGCUCCAUAAAGAAAAGAGGGAAAGGGACCAUGGAGCAAGCUCAAACUCAACUAGAACUGCUGAGAAGAUGUACAGUUCAGUGGCAUCUAUACCAAGAAGAAAGAAACCAAGUUGUAAUUUCUCUAAAUGAAGCUGAGAAAAAGUUAUUCAAGUUUUCAUUGAUAAAGGAUAUUUCAUGUCAUAAAGCUGAAGAGAAACUUGUGGCUCACAAGACUUUAGUAAACUUGGUAAAUUCGUUUCACGAGAAAAUCACAGUACUUGAGGAAAAGGCAUCUGCAAUGGAGAAGCUAGGAAAUAAUGCCAGCAAAGCAAUCAUCAGUAAGUCAAUGUCAACCGUAUGGCAGAGGUGGACCAGGCUUCGCAGUACAGCUCGUGAACAGGAAAAUAUACUGGAAGAAGCUGUGCAGGAAUGGAAGGAGCUGAGCGCUAAGAUUCAGGAAUCCACCUUAGCAAUUGAUCAGCUACAGGAACACCUCCCAGACAGCUGUACUGAGAAGGCUUCAAAGGCUGAACUUGUUGAGCUACUGGAAAGCCAUGAGACUUUCUCUCGAGAUCUGGAGCAAGAGUAUUCUGUAGUUACCCACUUGAGGCAGCAUGCCUUGAACGGUCUCCUUCGAGACGUGUAUACUGAAUCAGCUAGCGUGGAGGACCUGCCAGUCAUUCAAGAAAUGAAAGCCAUGCUUGACAGAUGUUCCAAUAUGCAACAGAAAGUCAAGAAAAGCAAAAAACUCGUAGAGCAGGAACUGAAGGAACGAGAGGAUGUGGAGAAGGAGCUUAAUAUUGUUCAAUCCUGGAUCAGAGAUACCAAGGAAACUUUACUAAAUUCCGCAUCAGAGGGAGAUCUGCAACUGGAAGAAUUCCAGGUUCUACAGCAGGACCUGAAUUCUCAUCGUCAAAAAGUGGAAAAAUUGUCUGAAGAGCAGCAGAAUAAAUAUUUGGAAAUGUACACAAUCCUGCCAUCGGAGCUGUCAUUGCUGCUAGCUGAAGUGGCCUUAGCCCUGGCCAGUAUAAAUGAAGAGAUACAAAUGAAGCAAAAAGAGGCCCAGCAGAAUCAAACCCUGAACCAGGAGCUGAAUAAUCAAAUAGCGGAAACUGAGGGAGAGCUGAAUUCAAUUCUGGGAAGACUAACAGAGAAAGCAGUUGAUGUGACUGAAGCUAGGAAGGAUCACACGAUCCUAUGUGAGGAACUAGACAAGUGUAACAUAAAGCUGGUGGAACUGGAUGCAGCCGUGCAAGACUUUGCUGAACAGAACCACGCUCUGGGAAAGCAACUGGUGGAUAAGAUAGGAAAACUUAUUGAACUACAGCAACAAGGCAGCAAACAGGCUGAAUACAGAGCAGGCAAAGUCAAGCAGGCUGUCAUCCAGCUGGAGGAGUACAAUGAAAUGCUAGAAUUUAUUUUACGGUGGAUUGAAAAAUCUAAAAUAUUAGUGAACAGUAGCAUCAUCUGGAACUCCGCAAGUCAACUUCGUGACCAAGCAAUGGCUCAUCAGGCUAUGUUGGAAGAGUCCAGAGAUAUCCAUGGUGAUCUAGAAGCAAUGAAUGAAAAGAUAGAAUAUUUGUCAAGUGUUUACCACACAGAAGAGUUGUCUCAGCAAGUGUCAGAACUAGGACGUCAGACUGAAGAACUGCAACAGACAAUAAAGCAUCGCUUGCUGAACCUUCAGGAUGCAGCAAAGGAUAUGAAGAAGUUUGAAAGUGAAGUUAGAGCACUGCAGACGGCAUUAGAACAAGCCCAGACUACACUGACCUCACCAGAGCUGGGGCGCCUGAGUCUUAAGGAGCAGCUGUCUCAUAGACAGCACCUACUAUCCAAAAUGGAGUCUCUAAAACCAAAGGUUCAUGCUGUCCAACUUUGCCAAAGUGCCUUAAGAAUUCCUGAAGAAGUAGUGACUAGCCUUCCCAUAUGCCGCACUGCUGUCAGGCUGCAGGAGGAGACCAGCCGUCUUCAGCACACUGCCAUUCAGCAGUGUAAUAUUAUGCAGGAGGCCGUGGUCCAGUAUGAGCAGUAUGAACAAGAGAUGAAACAUUUGCAGCAGCUGAUCGAGGAAGCACAUCGAAAGUUGCAAGAUGCAAAAGUAACUACCAGCAAUAUCCAGGAAUUACAGUUCCAGAUUAAACGCCAUGAGGAGCUGGCGAAGAAGAUCAAGGGCUAUCAGGAGCAGAUCGCAUCGCUCAACUCCAAGUGCAAGAUGUUAACCAUGAAAGCCAAGCAUGCCACAAUGCUGCUGACUGUCACUGAGGUGGAGGGACUGACGGAGGGAAUGGAGGAGCUGGACGCUGAGCUCCUCACUGCACACUCUGCGCACCCAUCUGUUGUUAUGAUGACCGCUGGUCGCUGCCACACUCUUCUGUCUCCUGUCACUGAGGAAUCAGGGGAGGAGGGUACCAACAGUGAGAUCUCCUCUCCACCCGCCUGUCGGUCUCCUUCACCUGUGGCUAAUACAGAUGCUUCUGUUAACCAGGACAUUGCUUAUUACCAGGCCUUAUCUGCUGAACAGUUGCAGACGGAUGCAGCGAAGAUCCAACCGAAAACCAGUUCACCUCAAGAAAUGUACGAGUCAGGGAUAGAGAUUGCUGCUAAUGCCAAACUAGAUGAUCUUCAGCGCUCUUGGGAGACCUUGAAGAAUGUGAUAAGUGAAAAGCAGCGUACUCUAUAUGAGGCUCUUGAACGACAGCAAAGGUACCAAGAUUCUCUCCAGUCUAUUUCCACCAAAAUGGAGGCCAUUGAGGUCAAGCUGAACGAAAGCUUAGAACCCUGCAAAACCCCGGAAAGUCAGAUGGCCGAGCACCAGGCUCUCAUGGAUGAGAUCUUAAUGUUACAAGAAGAAAUCAGCAAGUUGCAAGCAUCUUUUGCAGAUGAACUAGUUUCAGAAUCGUUAGAUUCUGAGACUGCGGAUCAGCUAGCUCUGCAAUCCACACUCACUGUGUUGGCGGAGAGGAUGGCCACCAUCAGAAUGAAAGCUUCUGGAAAACGCCAGCUGCUAGAGGAAAAAUUGAAUGAACAGCUCGAAGAACAGCGUCAUGAACAGGCUCUGCAGAGAUAUCGCACUGAAGCUGAUGAGCUGGAUCAUUGGCUGCUAGGUGCUAGAGCCACCUUAAACAAUGUGUUACGUGCAUUGGAGGAGCCCAUGGGCAUGGAAGCUCAGCUCGUUGAUUGCCAGAACAUGUUGUUGGAAAUUGAACAGAAGGUGGUGGCUCUAUCUGAGCUUUCUGUGCACAGUGAGAGCUUAUUUAUGGAAGGAAAGGCCCACACUAAGGAAGAGGCUGAACAGUUAGCUAUGAAGCUGAGGACAUUAAAGGGAAGCCUUCUGGAACUGCAAAGGGUUCUACAAGACAAGCAAAUUAGCAUUCAGGCUAAGCUAGCAUGGGGCGAGAUGAAAGCACACAAGAAAGUAGAAAAUGGGACGUUCCAUGAAACAGAGGAGUCUGAAGCAGAACUAUCUUCUUCACAAAGCCCCAGCGUCCAGGAAUGGCUUGCUCAGGCACGUACGACCCGAUCUCUACAAAAGCAGAACAGUCUGCAGAGGCAAAAGGAACUGGAACAGGAACUUGCUGAGCAGAAGAAAUUAUUGCAAUCAGUUGCAAGUCGUGGAGGUGAAAUAAUUAAUCAGCAGACAACCAGUGAUCGGUCAAAUAUCAGUGAGGGACCAGACUCGUUAUCUAGGGAAUUAGGUUUGGAAGGUGUGAAGCCAACAUCACUAGACCAAAUGAGAAAGAAAUGGGAAACCCUGCACCAGGAACUCUGCACCAAGGAAAAACUAGUGCAAAAUUCUUUACAACAGGAGCAAGAGCAGCCGAUGUUCAACAAGACAAACAGAGUUAUUUCUGGGGUGCCUUUUUACAAAGGAGACAAACAAGUUCAAGAUAAGUCAGAAGUUACCAACAUUUUGGACGGGUUAAACCAAGCACUGGAAGAUGUAUCUUCUCAGAAUGGAUUUGGGGAAAAGAAGAUUCUCCCUGUAGAGAAGAAACUUUAUGAAGCUGUUUCAGCCACCUCCACCUGGUUGGAUGAUGUGGAGGAACGUCUUUUUGUACAAACUGCUCUACAACCAGAACAGACAGAAACUUGCCUUUACAACCAAGAGACUUUAGCAAAAGACAUUAAAGAAAUGACUGAAGAAAUGGACAAGAACAAGACUCUGUUUUUUCAAACAUUUCCAAGCAGCAGAGACCACCAUGAAAUCAUUGAGGAUACCUUAUAUUGUCUUCUUGGAAGACUGAACUCCUUAGAGUCAGUGGUCAACAACAGAUGUUGUCAGAUGAAAGAAAGACUACAGGACCUUCUAACCUUUCAGAAUGAUUUGAAGGUACUCUUUACGUCUUUGGCCGAUAGCAAAUACAUCAUACUGAGCAAACUAGCAGAAGCAGCUGAAAGGCCAGCCAAAGACCAAAUGCAGGCAAUAAUGCAAGCUGAAGAUAGUUUGAAAGAACUGGAUAAUGAAAUUGCAGAGUUGAAAAAACAUGGAGACAAACUACAAGUGGACCAGCAAUCCAUGCAAGAGCUAUCCAAACUUCAGGACACCUAUGAUGAACUCAUGAUGGUCAUCAGCUCCAGGAGAAGCGGGCUGAAUCAGAACCUUGCCCUAAAAAGUCAGUAUGAGAGAGCCCUGCAGGACCUGGCUGAUCUGAUCGAGACAGGACAGGAGAAGAUGUCAGGAGGAAAGAAAUGCAUUGCUGCUUCUAGACAUGAGGUCAACAUUAUGUUACAGAAGCAUAAGGAGUAUUUCCAAGGACUGGAGUCGCAUAUGAUUCUCACAGAAACACUUUUCAGGAAAAUCAGCAGCUAUUCUUCAUCCAGAGAGACGCAGCACCACUCAGACUUGAUGGCAAAGGCAUCGGCUGUGCUAAAACAAUCUCACAAGAGAGGCGUAGAGCUGGAGUAUGUGCUCGAGACGUGGAUGCUACUGGACGACAAGUAUCUAGAACUGAGCAAACAACUGGAAUCCAUUGAAAGUAACAUCCCUGUUGUGGGUCUGGUGGAAGAAUCAGAAGAAAGACUAACAGAAAGAAUUGAGCUAUAUCAGUGCUUUAGGUCAAGCUUAGCAGAACACCAGCCGAAACUUUACCAGGUCCUAGAAGAUGGAAAAAGACUUCUCAUGUCUGUCAACUGUCCAGAACUGGAAGGCUUGUUGAGUCAAUUGGGUGAACAGUGGCUGAACAACAAUACCAAAGUGUCCAAAGAACUGAAUCGAUUGGAGAACAUACUCAAGCACUGGACAAGAUACAAAAAUGAGUCUGCUGAGCUUCUUCACUGGUUGCAUUCUGCAAUGGAUAGGCUGGACUUCUGGACUGAACAGUCUGUCACUGUCCCUCAAGAACUGGAGACAGUCAGGGAUCAUCUGAAUGCUUUCUUGGAAUUCUCUAAAGAAGUUGAUGCCAAAUCCUCAUUGAAGUCAUCUGUCUUGAGCACUGGAAACCAGUUGCUUCGGCUGAAAAAAGUGGAUACAGCCUCACUCCGUUCAGAACUUGCACAGAUAGAUAACCAAUGGACUGAGCUCCUCACACAUAUCCCAGUAGUACAAGAGAAGCUCCAUCAGUUACAAAUGGACAAACUUCCUUCACGGCAUGCUAUCACCGAAGUCAUGACCUGGAUCUCACUGAUGGAAAAUGUUAUCAAAGAGGAUGAGGAGAAAAUCCGGAAUGUUGUGGGCUGUGAAGCCAUUCAUGAAUAUCUUCUUAAAUAUAAGGGGUUCAAGAUUGACAUAAACUGCAAACAACUGACUGUGGAUUUUGUAAACCAGUCUGUGCUCCAAAUCAGCAGCCAAGAUGUGGAAAGUAAAAGAAGUGACAAAACUGACUUUGCCGAAAAGCUGGGUACCAUGAACAGGAGAUGGCAGAUCCUUCAAGGGUUAAUAACAGAAAAGAUCCAGAUGCUUGAGCGAUUAUUAGAGUCAUGGACAGAAUACAAAAACAAUGUGCAGAGUAUGAAAUCCUGGUUUGAGAAGCAAGAAAAGAAGCUGCAGAAACAUCAAAGCAUUGGUGAUCAGGCGUCAGUCCAGAGCAGCCUGAAGGAAUGCCAGGAUCUUGAAGAAGCUGUCAAAGCCAAAGAAAAUGAUUUGGAAAAGGUUGGGCAAAGUGGAAUAUCCUUAGUCCAGAAUAAAAAAGAGAGAGCCACUGCUAUAGUUAUGGAUACCAUUGGUGAACUAAACCAGUCUUGGGCCAAUUUGCACUGUAAGGUGUGUCAGCUGGAGAUAUUGUUACAGUCGGUACUUGAUCAGUGGAGCAUUUACAAGGAGGUUUAUGAAGAGCUAAAUGGCUAUUUGAUGGAAGCCAGGUAUUCCCUGUCCCGCUUCCGGCUCUUGACAGGAUCCAUGGAAGCUGUGAAAGUUCAAGUAGACAAUCUGCAGAGUCUUCAGGAAGAGCUUGAGAAGCAUGAAGCAGUUUUAGACAAGUUUGGUUCUGUAACCAACAAGCUCCUGAAUGAAUGCAAUUCUUCAGUGGGAGAAAGUCUGAGGAGCACUUUGACAGAGGUCACUACAAGGUGGAAUUGUUUGUUAGAAGAUAUUUCAGAACAGCUGCACUCAAGUAAGACUCUACUCCAGCUAUGGCAGAAAUACAAAGAUCUCUGCAUUCAGUGUACAAACAGCGUUCAGCUGCAGGAAGAUCGCACCAAUCAGUUACUUAAGACCGCCAGUAACAAGGACAUAGCAGAUGAAGAGAAUGCUACAUGGAUACAAGAAUGCAAUGUUCUUUUGAAAAACUUGUUUUUUGCUAAAAGCUCACUGGCCGUUCUCCAGGAGACAGGAGAGCAGCUUAAACUUCAAGUCGAUUCAUCUGCUGCUGCAACCAUCUUGUCUGAUCACCUUUCCUUGAGCCAGCGUUUGUCAGUAUUGGAGCAGGCACUCCAAAGGCAACAAGCAAUCCUGCAGGCCGGUGUCUUGGAUUACGAAACAUUUAUAAAGAGUCUUGAAGACCUUGAAAUGUGGCUUCUAGAAGCAGUAGAGGUUCUAAAUGGACAGGACCCGAACCGAUCAUCAGACCUCUCGACAAUUCAAGACAGGAUGGAGGAACUCAAAAGACAGAUGUUAAAAUUUAGCAGCAUGGCUCAAGACUUGGAUCGUCUCAAUGAGUUAGGAUACAGACUACCACUGAAUGAUAAAGAGAUCAAACGCAUGCAGUGUAUGAAUAGAACUUGGACAAUGGUCUCAUCACAGACAACAGAAAGGUUCAGCAAAUUACAGUCUUUCCUACUACAUCAUCAGACCUUUUUGGAAAAAUGUGAAACUUGGAUGGAGUUCCUGAUCCAGACAGAGCAGAAGCUUGCGGUGGAAAUCCCUGGAAAUUACCAGAGUCUUUUAGAGCAGCAAAGGGCACAUGAGCUGUUUCAAGCCGAAAUGUUCAGCCGUCAACAGAUUUUGCAUUCAAUAAUUGCCGAUGGACAAAGGCUUCUUGAGCAAGGACAAGUGGAUGAUAGGGAUGAGUUUAACCUUAAGUUAGCCCUGCUGAGUAAUCAGUGGCAAGGAGUGAUCCGUCGUGCUCAACAAAGGAGAGGAAUCAUUGAUAGCCAGAUACGCCAAUGGCAGCGCUACAGAGAGAUGGCAGAAAAACUGCGUAAAUGGCUAGUGGAAAUGUCAUAUCAGCCAGUGACUGGCCUCGGAAGUAUCCCUAUACCACUCCAACAAGCCAGAACCCUUCUAGAUGAACUCCAGCUUAGAGACAGAGUGCUCCACCGGCAGCAGGGGAGCUACAUCCUAACUGUGGAGGCUGGGAAGCAACUGCUUCUGUCUGCUGACAGCGAGGCGGAGGCUUCCUUGCAGGCAGAACUCAUUGACAUUCAAGAGCGAUGGAAGGCCACCACCGUGAGACUGGAGGAACAGAAGAAGCAGCUUGCAUUCCUGUUAAAAGACUGGGAGAGGUGUGAAAAUGGAAUAGCAGAAUCUUUGGAGAAACUGAGGACAUUCAGGAAAAACAUCUCUCAGUCUCUCCCUGAUCACCAUGAUGAGCUUCAUACAGAACAGAUCCACUGCAAGGAGCUUGAAAAUGCAGUUCAAGGGUGGGUUGAAGACCUUGCUCAUUUGACAGAACUGAAGAACUCAUUUUCACCCUUCAUCAAUGCAGACGAUAUAUCCAUUCUUAAUGAGCGCAUUGAAUUGCUGCAGAGACAGUGGAAAGAACUUUGCCAUCAGGUCUCUGUACGUCGGCAACAAGUCAGCGAAAGGCUUAAUGAGUGGGCUAUCUUCAAUGAAAAGAACAAGGAGCUAUGCGAGUGGCUGACUCAGAUGGAAAGCAAAGUCUCGCAGAAUGGAGAUAUCAGCAUUGAAGAAAUGAUUGACAAACUCAGAAAGGAUUACCAGGAAGAAAUUGCUGUUGUCCGGGAAAACAAAAUACAACUUCAGGAAAUGGGAGAAAGACUUGCCAAGGCCAGCCAUGAAAGCAAGGCCUCAGAGAUAGAGUACAAGCUGAGCAAAGUUAGUGACAGAUGGCAACAUCUCUUGGACCUUAUUGGUGCAAGGGUGAAGAAAUUAAAGGAGACAUUGCUUGCAGUGCAGCAACUGGAUAAGAACAUGAGCAGCCUGAGAACAUGGCUGGGUCAUAUUGAGUCUGAACUGUCCAAGCCCAUCGUCUAUGAAACCAGCGACUCUGAAGAGAUACAAAGGAAACUUAAUGAACAGCAGGAACUGCAGAGAGACAUAGAGAAACACAGUACAGGUGUUGCGUCAGUUCUCAAUCUCUGUGAAGUUCUUCUUCACGACUGUGAUGCCUGUGCCAACGACACCGAGUGUGAUUCCAUCCAGCAGGCUACUCGUAGUCUGGACCGUAGGUGGAGGAACAUCUGUGCUAUGUCUAUGGAGAGGAGACUCAAAAUUGAAGAGACCUGGAGACUGUGGCAGAAAUUCCUGGAUGAUUUUUCACGGUUUGAAGACUGGUUGAAGAUUUCGGAAAGGACCGCUGCUUUCCCUAGUUCUUCCGGUGUGCUCUAUACAGUGGCCAAAGAGGAGCUGAAAAAAUUUGAGGCUUUCCAAAGGCAAGUUCAUGAGAGUCUUACACAACUGGAGCUUAUAAACAAACAGUAUCGCCGCCUGGCCCGGGAAAACCGCACAGACUCUGCAUGUAAGCUAAAGCAGAUGGUUCAUGAAGGAAACCAGCGGUGGGACAACUUGCAGAGAAGGGUCACCUCCAUCCUCAGAAGACUGAAGCAUUCUAUUGGUCAGCGAGAAGAAUUUGAGACUGCGCGUGACAGCAUUUUAGUGUGGUUAACAGAAAUGGACCUCCAGUUGACAAACAUUGAGCAUUUCUCUGAAUGUGAUGUGCAGGCAAAAAUUAAACAGCUGAAGGCCUUUCAGCAAGAAAUAGCAUUAAACAACAAUAAGAUUGAUCAAAUUAUUACUCAAGGAGAGCAGCUGAUAGAAAAGAGCGAGCCUCUAGACGCAGCUGUUAUUGAGGAGGAGCUGGAUGAACUUCGAAGAUACUGCCUAGAGGUCUUCGGUCGCGUCGAGCGAUAUCACAAAAAGUUAAUUCGUCUUCCGUUGACUGAUGAUGAGCAUGACUUCUCUGACAGAGAAAUGGAUGGUGAUGAAGCAGCAGAUCUAUCUGAUCUGGCAUGGCACACAAAAACUGCUGGUGGCUCACCUUCACCUUUACCCUCAUCAAACCACUCACUGUCACUAGUUGUUCCUAUGAGGAGUGAAAGAUCAGGUCGGGAUACUCCUGCAAGUGUGGACUCUAUCCCCCUGGAAUGGGAUCAUGACUAUGACUUUAGUCGGGACUUGGAAACUGCCGUUUCUCAAGUAUUAGACUCAGAUGAAGAAGACGAUGAUGAACGAGUCCAAAAUUACUUCUCUCAAGGAGCCACGGGUUAUACUGAUGUAGAAAUUCCUGAAAGUCCUGAAGCCUAUAUUAAAUUUACUGAAAAUGUUCUGAAACAGUCCGCUGGAGAGUCCAUUUUGUUAGAAACACAGAUCUGUCAACUGGACAAAGCACUGGAUGCCAGUCGUUUUCAUUUACAGCAGACAGAGAAUGUCAUUCGCAGCAGGACACCCACUGGGCCGGAGUUAGAUUCAAGUUACACUGGUUAUAUGAAGCUUCUUGGAGAGUGCCGGGGCAGCAUAGACACUGUGAGACGAGUAAACGACAAUCUGAAAGAGGAAGAGGAAAAGCUGUCUGGUUUCAUUAACUUGAAUAGUACAGAGACACAAUCUGCAGGUGUUAUUGAGAGAUGGGAAGUAAUCCAAGCACAAGCCCUUAAUAAGGAGCUCAGAAUGAAACAAAAACUUCAGCAAUGGCAGCAAUUUAUUUCAGACCUCGACAACAUUUGGGAUUGGCUGGGAGAGACAGAGGAGGAGCUUGCACAGCUAAGGCGCCUGGAUGUUAGCACUGACAUACAUACGAUUGAGCAAAGGAUUAAGAAAUUAAAGGAACUUCAGAAAGCUGUGGAUGGUCGGAAAGCUAUUGUCCUGUCCAUUAACCUGUGCAGCUCAGAGUUUACUCAGGCAGAUACUUCAGAAAGCAAGGAGCUUCAAGAGCGGCUGAGACAAAUGAACCUGAGAUGGGACCGUGUGGGCAGUACAUUAGAGGAUUGGCGUUGUUCACUUCAGGAUGCUUUAAUGCAGUGCCAGGAUUUCCAUGAGAUGAGCCAUAGUCUGCUACUUUGGUUAGAAAAUAUUGACCGAAGAAGAAAUGAAAUCAUCCCUAUCAAUCCAAGUCUAGAUGCCGACACUCUCCAGGAUCACCACAAGCUGUUAACGCAAAUCAAGCGCGAGCUGCUUGAAUCUCAGCUAAAGGUGGCAUCUCUACAAGACAUGUCCUGCCAGCUACUUGUCAAUGCAGAGGGCAAGGAUUGUCUUGAAGCCAAAGAGAAGGUGCAUGUCAUUGGGAACCGACUCAAAGUGCUCUUAAAGAAAGUGACCCAGCACAUCAAACAAAUAGAGAAAAUCUUGGACAUUUCCAGCAGUCAGCUGGAGUUGUCCUCAUGGUCUUCUGCAGAUGAGUUAGAUACUUCUGGAUCCCUUAGUCCUGUGUCGGGCAGAAGUACCCCGAGUAGGGAGAGAACGCCACGGGGCAAAUGUAAUGUCUCACAGCCUGGACCCUCUGUCAACAACCCACCUAGCAGGUCCAAAGACGGUGGCUCAGGUUCCUGCCAUUCUGAUGCCAGUGUGGUUCAAGGACACCAGUCAUUCUUUCUACGGGUUUUGCGAGCCGCCUUGCCACUUCAACUUCUUCUGCUGCUUUUAAUUGGUCUUGCUUGUCUUGUACCAAUGACUGAAGAAGACUACAGCUGCACCUUGUCCAAUAAUUUUGCGCGGUCUUUUCACCCGAUGCUCAGAUAUACCAAUGGGCCACCGCCUAUAUGAAUACCCUGUUAAAUGGAAAUCACUGUGGAAUAUAUACAUUAGCUGUUGCCAGCUUUUAAUUGCACUUAUCAUGGCAGCUUUACUUUCCUGAAGUAACCUUUGAGCAUAAAACCGAUACUGUAUAGGUGACAAGAUAUUGUGGACCAGAAACUAAAGUUAUACUGAAAAGGUGACAUAAGUAUUGACCCCCAGAAGACUAUGCAUAGACAACAUCUCUAUAAUAACUGUAAGAUUCUGUUCUGUAAUCCCCCUUUGAGCAUUAUCAGUAUUGGACAAAA